GAAAACGUCGACGACGACUUGUCAAAACUGCUGAGAUGGGUCGCCUGAAGCCUGUUGCUGUGGAUCUCUUAGCCGACCUACCUGCCGACGUGGAUGCUGUUCCGACUCAAUCCAUGCCCCCACCAAAGCCAAAAAGAAUCGAAAAGGCCCAGCCUAAGGCCAAAGCUACUAAGGUUGAGGCUGAGGAUGCUUUGCCCAUCUCACAAUUGGUUGAGAGUAAAAGAACUGCUUCUGCUUCUGCAAAAAGGUCUGCUGAGACCCCACCCUCUGAGUCCACACAGUCAAAGAAGCCGAGGUCGGCCUCAGUUACUACCUCGGGGUGCAAGAAACCGGAUGUCCCUUGGGCUCCCAAAAUUACUUUGGAAGACAGGCCAAUUAUGUCCAGUGAAAGCGCCGACGACAUAAAUGUCGGCGUUGCCCUCAGCACGGCGUUGCUUCUUCCGGGCGACCUCGAGCGAAAUGCUGAGUAUAGUAAGUAUGAGAAUUACGCUCUAAUGCUCCAGUACUCCGUUCAAGCCAUCCAGCAUGCCUAUUCGUUUUCAAUGCAAUCUUUCAAGAAUCGGGAAAGGAUGGCCGAGAUGAAGAGGGAGUUUUCUGCUCUUCAAAAGAUCAACAAAGGUCUUCAACAAAAGAUGAAGAGGCUAGAAGAUCAGGCCGAGGCUGCCACUAAGGUCCAACAGAUGGCCGAAGAAAGAGCGGAGUCUGCUGAGGUUAUCAGAAAAGUUACCGAGGCUGAAAAGAAGGAGUUCGAGUAAAAAACGGCCCAGGUUGAG